ACCCGCAGCGUCUCAAUAAUAAACCAGUGAAAUAUCAGUGGAGUGCAGCGCCAGGAGCUUCCCUGUAGCUCUGGUCCGCACUCACAGUUUAUUCACAAUAGUAUAGUGUAGUGUAGCAGUCUGAGCUAUCAUGUUCGUGUUUCUCGUCGCUGCUGCGCUAGUUGGUCAAACAGCGGCUCGAUACACCGCGAACUGGACUAGCUUGGACUCCAGACCUUUACCUUCAUGGUACGACGAGGCCAAAGUUGGCAUUUUUGUCCACUGGGGCGUGUUUUCGGCAGUGGGCUUUAAAAGCGAGUGGUUCUGGUGGCACUGGCAGGGUCAAAACCCUCCGGACACCAGCUGUGUGCUCUACAUGGCGAUGAACUACCCUCCUGGAUUCAGCUACGCCGAGUUUGCCCCCAAGUUCCACGCUCAGUUCUUCAACCCAGAGCAGUGGGCGGACAUAUUCAAAGCCUCCGGCGCAAAAUAUGUUGUUCUGACUGCCAAACACCAUGAAGGAUUUACAACCUGGGGGUCUCCAUACUCCUGGAACUGGAACUCUGUUGACAAUGGUCCGCACAGGGACCUGGUGGGAGACCUGGGAGAGGCAGUGCGUAAGAGGUCAUUGCACUAUGGACUGUACAACUCCUUGUAUGAGUGGUUCCACCCUCUCUACCUGGCUGACAAGAAGAAUCAAUUCAAAACGCAGCAGUUUGUGGCAGAUAAACUACUACCAGAGCUUUAUAACAUGGUCGUAAGGUACAGGCCUGAUUUGAUCUGGUCUGAUGGAGACUGGGAAGCACCUGACACCUAUUGGAACUCCACAGAAUUCCUGGCGUGGCUUUAUAAUGAUAGCCCAGUCAAAGAUACUGUUGUGACCAACGACAGAUGGGGAGCUGGCUGUGCUUGUAAACAUGGUGGGUACUAUAACUGUGCAGACAAGUACACUCCAGGUGAGCUGCCCAAGCACAAGUGGGAGAAGUGCACUUCUGUGGACAGUUUAUCCUGGGGUUACCGGUGGAACAUGAAGCUGAGUGAGCUCAUGGACUUACCCAGUAUCAUAAAGGAUCUGGUUCGCACUGUGGCUCUGGGAGGAAACUACCUUCUGAAUGUGGGUCCCACGCCUGAUGGAAUGAUCCCUGUUGUAUUUGAGGAGAGGCUCCGGGGUGUCGGAGCUUGGCUGGAGAUCAACGGGGAGGCCAUCUACACCUCUAAACCCUGGAGGGUGCAGACAGAGAACACUACUGCAUCAAUCUGGUACACAUCUAAAGGGAACACGGUCUACGCCAUCAUUACGACCAAGCUAUCCAAGUACACCGUGCAACUGUUGGAACCCAAGACCUCAGUCAUCACCAAGGUGACCUUACUGGGGGAUCCGAAGCCCUUAGCCUGGUCCCCACUCAGUCCUAGUUCUGGACUGAGCAUCCUUCUGCCCCAGCUGCCUUACUCCCCUGGUGAGGCUUGGACCCUGAAACUGGAGGGUGUCCAGUGAGCCUUAAAACACAUGAUUUCCAUGUGGAACGUGGUAAACUCAGGUUAUUGUUAAUUAGGAUAAGGGGAAACUUGUACUUUUUUGUCCAAUAUCCUUGUAUUUACUUGAGAAAAUUGAAAUGAUGUGACACUCCUCUUCAAUAAUUCUUUAGUGCACUAAGAUUGACUGACUUUUAAAUGUGCUCUUUUUUUAAUGAUUCACAGUGAACAGUGAACACAUUGAAUCAGCUCCUCAGCUUCUUUUUUCCAAAUCAGGAAUUUUAGCCAGUGGUUUCUGGGAAUUGCAGCAGUUGACCUUAAAUGCACUUUUAAUUCUUUUUAUUUUUUUUUUUUAAAUAUGUGUAAUUUGAAUAGUUGGGAAAACCUUUGGUGAUCUCAUUGGUGAAUUAUUGUUUUUGUAAAUAUGCACAAUUCUAAGUUGUAUUAAAAAUAAACUUCCUCAAGAUCCA